CCCGAAAUUCGACACGCAGAGGAGCUGCCCAACGACAGACGAAGGUCAUCACUUCCUCCGCGCCGCCGCCAUCAGCCUAUUACAAGCAGGCGAGUGAGCGAGCGAGCGGAGCGCCGGCCAGCGCCGGAUAAGUCCUCGAGACCCCAUUUUAGACGUGUAUAUAGCUCCCCUCUAGCUCUCUGCAGAUGCGGAGACGAAGACCGCAGCUGCUGCUGGCGGCGCUAGCGGCACUGCUGGUCAACAGGAUACAGGCUCAGAGCGCGUCGGCGGCGACUUCAGGCUCCGUAACGGCGGACACGACCGAGGCGGACGACUGUUCAGCCUGUUGCGUGACGUCCACGUCCUCAGCGUCCGCAGCGAGCGCGAUUUUGGCAGGAGGCGACCCGGACUUGUCCCUGGUCUGUUGUAAUGAACAGCAGCCGCGAGACCUCUUCGGGACGGUCCACGGCGAGUGCAGUGGCCUGCCAUGCUGCGAUUAUAGCGGACGUAAAGCCCAGAAUCAUCAGGCCUGGUACCCGUGCGUGGCUUUCCCGACGUGUCAGAACGACACCAACAAACAGGCUUUCUGCAACGGACAGGACCUCUGGUACUACACGGAAGGCUACGACUGGACAUGUACAGACGAAUGCUGCAACGGACUCGUGUUGGACUCGAAUGUAUGGCGUGGCGUGGAGAAUAAUUACCCAGGACAGACAAAUGGCACGUUCGGAGUCACUGUGACACCCACGGACUUUUUGGAUGUAUUUUACCCCGACGGCAUGGGCGGAGAGGUCUAUACGGUACACCAGAUCAUGCUGGCUAGCCCUCCUGGAUACAACUUUACAGAAGACUGCUCGUGUUACUUGGAACGAGUGGCGAACUCGACGCCUAACGCCCAACGUGAAAGCACGACGUGUGAAGUGUCGACUUUUUUGGAAGGGAACAGGACUUACUUGACGGUGGACAUCACUGAAAACUAUCAAACAAACGAUACGUUCGUGUUUCUAUUCGAUGGUGUGGUGACUCCGUCGGGUAUGAACGACAGCGCCAGUUUCACGUCCAACGUGACGUACACGACCACGUCGAAUCUCACGCCAGUGUAUUUCAUCUUUAACGACUCGGAAAACACCGUAUUCGACACGUACGUGCGUGUUACGGACCUGACCAGCGCGACACUGUCAAGUGGAUCGUUCCUCCCGGAGAACAUUUAUCCAGGCAACUCAGGCAACGCCACGCUCACUUUCUACACGGAUGCCAACAUUCCGGAGAACAGUUCGAUCAAAUUGACAUUCGGCGACAAGUGGGGCUUCACUGCUGACGCUGUGUGGUCCUGGGAAACGUAUCCACUGGACGUUCCUAGUGAGGACGAAUUUUACGUGUUGGCGGCUGCCACGACGCAGACGGAGAGCAUCAGUCCCAACAACUUUACGCAAGCAUCGUAUUCGUCUUCGGACAAUUCGUGGACUCUUAUCGUGGAACAACCGAUCUCGAUCGGCUGGGUGAGACUUGGCGUGGACACGGUGAAGAAUCCGUCGGUGGCGUUUUCAGGUCUGGGCGCCACUGCCAUCGAGAUCCGUAAUUCGGAGGAUCUCUUGAUUAUCGACGGCACAUUCUCGGCGAUCUCGGUGUAUCUGACGACAGGCGCUACUGCGAGUCCAUACAACUACGUGACUAUGGUCGUGCUCGUUGGUUCGCUAGCAUUUUGCAGCGUGGCGAUCCGAAGGAACGGCCUGUCGUUCUCGCUGGGCUCCAUUUGGACCGAUAUCACUGCUAUUUGCACCGUGUUGGCCUUGGCCACUUCUCUUGUCAACAACUUCAUCUGGUUCUUCACUCGUGGCAGUACCUACUUCUACAUCAUGCACGCGUAUCUGUGCUUCACGUUCACGAUGCUCACAGCUGUGUGUUUCCACUGGGGAACGGUGCUGAGCUUGCGUCUCCGAAAGCUGCCCAAGCGUACAGCGAUAGUGGGCUUUGUGGCGCUCAACAUGCUCUUUUACGCCUUCCAGAUCGGCUAUCUGCUCAAUUACCAGACUCUGAUCGCACGUGUGUACGACUCGGAGAACGACGUCACUACGCUCGCGUACCAACAGUGCAAUGAGGACGCAGACACAUCCGCCACGGUCUUCUCGGAGAUUCAGGGCUAUCUGUGGGCUUGUUACGCCGAAGAUGACGACAACUUCUUCCUGGUCUCGACAUCCGUCACGUACGGUAUUUUCCUCGUGCUGACGUUCGUUGUCAUGGCUCUAGGUGUGAUGGUCAUGCGUCGUGGUAAGUUGCUGCUUGGCAACGCGUCGGGCCCUCACCAGGUUGUGUUAGUAAAGGCUUUGCGUCUCUACUACGCACUUAUCGGUAUCGUCACGUUGGUGUAUCUCCUCUCGUGGGUCGUGCAGAUCAUUUCGCGCACUACUCGUGGCAUCGCGUACCCCUGGUUCUACAUCUUCACAGUGUGGCUGCCGUGCUCCAUUCCUCCGUGCUGUCUGAUCUUCUUGCAGUGGAACGCUACGGCCCAAUCUCUGCGCGAUGCUAACCGCGAUAUGUCCAGCGAUUGCAGUCCUCUAUCGGAGUCGGGCUACGGUGAGAUCCGGACGCCCAGUUUCACGUUCAGUACGACGGAUCGAUGGACCGAGGGCUCAUUGGAGAAGAUUGAGGAGAUCAUGGCGGAGGGUGAAGCAACAGCCGACGCAGUGUCCAGUCGACGCUCGCUGAUGAACUCUACUAUCUCGCCGACAGACGACUACGUUGGUCUCUCCAUGGCGCUAGAGAUGAACGAGGACUUCGCUCACGGCUGCUUCAUUGCCAUCCAGCGCCUGGAGGUGGAAGAUGGAAGAGAUAGCACGUCCACAGCGUGGCGACAGAUCAGCAACACGGACACAGUCAUGGCGAGCGUGAAGGACGUGGCGCCAGUUAUGCUGCCUCACCAGCAGCGAUACCUCUACACGUUCUUGUCCGUGCCUCGUAUUCCGGUCGGUAGGUCGGCUGAGAAGAUUCGUAUGGUCGUGUACGCACUCAACUCUGCUCCUGCAUCUAUCAACCACGAGGACCACUCUGAGAUGACUGCAGCUGAGGUUCUAGCGGCUAUGGAACGUACGCAAAGCAGUCGCGACUAUGAUGAUGACGAUGGAGACGACAGUCAGCACACGCUGGACUCUUCCUUGGUAGAAAUGGAGGCAUAUAGAGGAUUCCAGAGUUCGCAGGUUAUCGACGAACUCUUCGAGAUGGAAUCCCCUGGAUCCACUGAAGACGGCCCGGGAUCAGGAGUUAGCAGAUCCGAAUCCAACUCGGGAUCAUCCGCGGUUCCUCACAGUCUCAGCGUGGUUGCUGAAUUCACCGUGUCUAGCGUCACAUUAGUGACAGCAGGUGCACGGACGGAGCAGACUGUGCUUACGGCCACCGAGGACUCGUACAAGCAUUUCGGCCCCAACGCUGCGCCACCUAAAUUGCUGGUGAACACGGUGAUCCCCAAGGCUGCGGGUGCCAAGUACGGCUUCAACGGAGUCGAGGGUGGUCUCCACGCUGCGGCUCCAGCGAUUAGCAAGCAGUAUCACAUCCGUGAACAAGGAUUGUUGGUUGUAGAAGACCUGACGGAAAGCCGCUUCAGCAAUUGGAUCCCGCGUCAGAUUCUGGAGAUUAUCAUCCGAUACCGCACCAAGGAGCUUCUUAUCGCCGAGAACGACCUCGCGCGACUGGAAGCCUAUGACCGUCAGAGACAAAAAGGAUCCGACCGCGGCAUCUACGAGAAUUUGAUUCAACAAAUCCAGGACGACGGGGACUUGAACCGUUGUCGAGAGUGGAUGCUGCAGCGUUGUCAGGAACGUAAAGAGUACGUGGAAUUACUGCGUCAACUGCGACGCGUGUAUGUGCUUCGUGACCAGCGUAAAAUGUACUUCAAGGCCAGUACGGACAAGAAAAACGCCCAGCUACGAUUCCUGCCGAUCAAUUUGCACCUGCAAGAGAUGUGGGUCGGCAACGCUGACGCCGUGGCGCAAACGAGCAUGGGGAGCAGUGGCACCUCGGAUAUCAACGCCAGUGCUGCUGUAUAUGACAUCGUGACUGUGGGUGCCAUGGCUGCUCACGUCUACAAGUUCAAGAACGGCGGCAUCUUCGGUCUGGAGGAGCAGCACGCGAAGCUCAAGCCGCGUGUGCGAGAGCCGCACGGAUCGACUGCUGCACAUCACCAAGUGCCGCUAUGGACAGAAGACGAACAGAAGGCCGAUGACGUCGAGUGUGUGCUUGGGAAGCGUAUGGAUGUGUGCUUCCCGCAAGCUGUGGCAGCGCUGGUGACGGCAUUCACGCGUAAAGUUGACUUGGCAUUGCAGCACGCUAGCCCCGAACAGGGCCAGGCGAUGCUGGAGCAGCUCAGCAAGUUGGGCUUCCUGUUUGACGUUGAGAGUUUGGUAUCUACACAUGGUAACGAGGCUGGUAUGCUGGAGGAUAUGGCUGGAGCUGUCAACGAGUUACGCAACGUACGCUUCGUACUGGUGGACGAGCAAGAAGAAAUCGGCGGUGUGGACGAGGAAUCCAGUGGCAACAAGUCUCCUCGAUCCGUGUCGUACCGUCUCGAGGAGGAAUCGAAGCACAGUCCAUCGUCAUCGGAUCCCUCCGAGGCCAGCGGCAGUAAUCGUGAAGCUGCAAGCAGUGGUGGAGACGAGAAACGUCGGGAGAUGCAAGUGAAGCAGCGGCAGUCGAUGCACCUGGAAUCUCUGGAGUCUGCUACAUCUUCGAACUCGACGAACUCGACGAACUCCACAGGUAUCGGCGGUGUGAUCGACGUGGAUGUGUUUACCAGUAUUGAUGAUGCGCUCUCGGAGACAAGUUCAGCGAACGCAGGAGACUCGGAGAGCACGGAUGGAACGCCGUUAUCCAGAGAGACUCUGAUGUCACAGUCAUCUUCAUUGAGUGGCGUUGGCCAGCGGCUGUUGAGUACGUUCAUCAAGGCACGUAACCAUCGAUUAUUGGGCGGACCGGGUAACAACUGGGAGAACGCACAGUCGUUGGCACCAGCGUCAGUGGACAAACUCUUCCCGUUCACUCACCUGGUUAUCCGUGUGAAGUUGCGUUCCGGAAAGGUGAAGUUGACGAAAGCGCUUCGUCAUGGCGGACCCAUCAAGGUGUGCCCCGUGCUGUUCACUCAGGGUAUUAACGAGAAACAAACACUGGCAAAUAACACGGGAUCGUCCGUAACCAGACUACAGGACGUGAUCAACGCCAGUAGUCUCAAGACGCUGCGAAGUUACUGCGAUCGCUAUUGCAACUACACGUCCAUGAGGCAAAUGAAGGCGAUGCAGAAGCAGGAGAGACAGCGAGAUGAUUCCACAGACUCCAAUCGUUCACGACCGCCAUCGGCACCGAGUGCAGUUGUCACCCCGUCAGGACCGUCACGUGAGGAGGUAUAUCGCAUCCUCGGCGAACUGGAUAAACUCAUCGGCACGGCUGGAAGACAGGCACGGAAGAAGCGCCCCGAGAUCCUACAGCUCAGUUCCGACUUGUGUCGCAGUAUAUCUGGUGGACGGGUGACGGUGUGUAAGUCUGCUAAGGAUCGUACGGGAAUGUCAGUGACGCUGGAACAAGGUCGCAUUCUCGUACAACAUCACGGUCUCCGUGAGCAGAAGAAGGCCGGCAUCGUGUCCGUCAUGCGAUCCGAAGGUGUACGCAUUGAGAACGCACUGAAGAACACGGGGCGACGAGUGUUCGCGUUCAACGCGUUGCAGCGGUCGCUGCUCCCCGAGGAAUAUCGGUGUCCACCGCAGACAAGUGGGCGCAAUGUGUCGUAGACCUCUUCGGUUGGAGAGGAUAUCAAUUUUGCAGAAGCACAUGAGCAGCAGUGAAAGCUGGCUGUGUGGAGGUCGUAGUGGGAGUAUUAACCGCAGCUAGCUUUGUAGUGAUUUUUUUGAGAGGGAUAUGUGACCACGCUGAGUUUUGUCGUCUGUCGGCGGGUAGUUUUCCUCAUUCUACUGCAGUUACGUGUACUAAUUGAAUAGCUAAUGAGUUAUGCUAACUUACAUCGCGUGUUCA